CAAAGGUUUUCAUCAUUGAUUAACUUGGAGCUGGUUUCCAGAUUGCGCCUGCGAUUCUUUCCCACGUGUAAGCUGGCUCAAGCCUGUUGGAUUACAAUGUUUGCUUUCAUACAGUGCAAAGUCUUACUGUGCAAAGUUAGUAUAUUGAGUAACAUUACAGAUGGGCGGCCCCUUACUCACACUUUACACUUCCUCCUUGAUUCUGCUGAGACUGAGAGUAUGUGGGGAGAGGAGCUUUGUACGUGGACACAGGGAUUUUCCCUGUUUGGGAUACUGGUGGCAAGUUAUAUAGUAAUAAAGCAAACAUGGAAAGUGAUCUGUGGGCUGAAGACGCACAUCCUGUCCCGGUGGUGGAAAACAGAUCUCACACAGUAUGGACGCUGGGCAGUGGUCACAGGUGCUACAGAUGGCAUAGGUAAAGGAUACGCUCAGGAGCUUGCCAAGCGGGGUCUGGAUAUCGUGCUGAUAAGCCGAACCUUGGAAAAGCUGCAGAAGGUGGCUGCGGAAAUAGAGAAAGAGUUUGGGUGCAAGACUAGGAUUAUUCAAUUGGAUUUUACAAAGGGAUCGCAUAUCUACCAGACGAUUCAAGCGGAACUGAAAGGACUGGAGAUUGGAAUUCUGGUAAACAAUGUAGGCAUGAAGCAAUAUGACCUUCCUGCUAAAUUUCUAGACGUCCCUGAUCUUGAUAAGAUGACACGGAUUAUUCUUCCUCAAAUGGUGCAAAGGAAGAAAGGCCUAAUUAUUAAUCUUUCCUCAGAAGCUGGAAAUCGUCCUCUUCCAAAGGGAAUUAUAUAUAGCGCUACCAAGGUCUUUGUGGAUUUCUUCUCCCGAGGUCUGCAUGUAGAAUACAAGAAAGCAGGAAUAACUGUGCAGAGUGUGAUGCCAUUAUUAGUCUCAACAGACAUGACCUAUAAUAUGAAACCCAACAUUUUCAUAAAAACAUCUCGGGCAUAUGCUUGUGAAGCUUUGAAUGUUGUGGGUUAUGCACAAAGAACAAGUGGAUGUCUCUCACACUCUCUACAGAGUUAUGUUCUUAGCCUCAUUCCAGACAUACUUUUGAACACUAUUUCGUCAAUGAAUUCUUUGGAAAAUAAUUUCAAGAAAUUGCAGAAUAAGCACAACAAAAGCAAGAAAAAGAAGUGAGCAUGUUCUCUCAUCACACGUCCUUUAAGGAGUAACUUGUCUUUAAGUGUUUAAUAAAUGGCAUAAUUGA